AUGCUAUCACAAUCCAAGAAUUUCAAAAAACGGUUCAAUGAGAAAGGUGACACUGAUGAAUGUGAAGACUGCGAUACGACCCGUGUGUAUUGUCGAGAGGCACCAGAACUCACAGGGUUCUACAUUGAAGAUUUCUUACCAUUACCGCCACCACCACCACCACUUAACAAACAUGGCUGA